AGCCGUCGUGUCUUCUCCACCGCAGGUAAGGCGAUAACCCAACCCAGUGGCGCCAUUCAUCCUCUUAUCUCCACCCAAAAUUCGCGCCCGAUUUCCACCCAAAUUCGCCGGCGCAGAAAGGAAAUUUGGAACGAGAGGAUGCCGUCUCGUCUCCACAUUAUCCGCAGUUGAUUGAUUAAUCCGGGGGCGAGCACGGCGGAGCAACGCGACAAGGAAUCUCGUCACUCUGCCAUUACAGUACAAAUCCCCACCAGCUCCCCUGUUUCUUGGUUCCCCUUUCUUGUCUACCCACCCCCACCCCCUCCUCUUCUCGCUCCCUUUCUCUCCUCGGGUGAUCGAUUCUUACCGCCGGAGCAGAGGCGGCGGCGGCGGCGGCGGAGGGAUAAGAAGGAGAGGAAGAAGAUGAUGGGGAGGAAGGCGCUGGACUACGAGGAGCUGAACGAGAACGUGAAGAAGGUGCAGUACGCCGUGCGCGGGGAGCUCUACCUCCGCGCCUCCGAGCUCCAGAAGGAGGGCAAGCGGAUCAUCUUCACCAACGUCGGCAACCCGCACGCCCUCGGCCAGAAGCCCCUCACCUUCCCCCGCCAGGUGGUGGCGCUGUGCCAGGCUCCGUUCCUGCUCGAUGAUCCCAACGUCGGCCUCAUCUUCCCCGCCGAUGCCAUCGCCCGGGCCAAGCACUACCUCUCCAUGGCGCCCGGUGGUUUAGGUGCCUACAGUGACUCCCGAGGUAUCCCCGGAGUUAGGAAGGAAGUUGCCGAGUUCAUUCAGAGGCGUGACGGGUAUCCGAGUGAUCCGGAGCUUAUUUACCUGACUGAUGGUGCCAGCAAAGGUGUGAUGCAAAUGCUCAACGCCAUUAUCAGAAACGAGAGAGACGGGAUUUUGGUCCCUGUUCCACAAUACCCGCUUUAUUCUGCAGCCAUUUCUCUCUUUGGUGGCUCGCUUGUCCCAUAUUACUUAGAAGAAGAGGCUAACUGGGGACUCGACAUUGUAACUACCCGGCAAUCAGUAGCAGCUGCACGGUCCAAGGGGAUGACUGUUCGAGCAAUGGUGAUUAUUAAUCCUGGAAACCCCACUGGCCAAUGCCUAAGUGAAGCAAAUAUCAGGGAACUUCUGAAUUUUUGUUAUCAGGAAAACUUAGUUCUGCUUGCAGAUGAAGUUUAUCAACAGAACAUUUAUCAAGAUGAACGCCCCUUUAUAAGUGCAAGAAAGGUUUUAUUCGACAUGGGUCCUCCAAUAAGCAGAGAAGUCCAGCUGAUUUCUUUCCAUACUGUCUCCAAAGGUUAUUGGGGGGAGUGUGGACAGCGGGGUGGGUACUUCGAAAUGACUAAUAUUCCUCCCAAGACAGUGGAUGAGAUCUACAAGGUUGCAUCAAUUGCGCUAAGUCCAAACGUUCCUGGGCAGAUCUUCAUGGGGCUAAUGAUGAACCCUCCUAAACCUGGAGAUAUCUCGUACUUGAAAUUUGCUACUGAAAGCAAGUCUAUCCUUGAUUCUUUGAGGAGGAGGGCACAGAUAAUGACAGACGGUUUCAAUAGCUGCCAAAAUGUUGUUUGUAAUUUCACAGAAGGAGCUAUGUACUCAUUUCCCCAAAUACGCCUACCGAAAAGAGCUAUCGAUACAGCCAAAAGUGCUGGCAAAGAACCUGAUGUUUUCUACUGCCUCAAGCUUCUUGAAGCAACCGGAAUAUCCACUGUUCCAGGCUCAGGUUUCGGCCAAAAAGAAGGGGUGUUCCAUCUCCGGACGACGAUCCUGCCUGCAGAGGAAGACAUGCCGGCGAUCAUGUCGAGCUUCAAGAAGUUCAACGACUCAUUCAUGGAGCAAUACCAAGACUACUCCAGGCUGUGAUGUGAAGAGGGAAACAACGAGGUCAUCAUCGACAUGAUAUAUUGCUGCUAUUUUCCACCAGCGAUUAAAAGUUAAAAAAUUUAGCUGUAAGCUGUAACUAUCUUGAAGAAACUAAACUGGUUGCUGUGCUUGAUAUGUAUAGGGAAAACAUAAUUUAUGAGACAAUCAUACUGUGCAACUCUUGGCUCCAUCGAUUAAUUAAUACUCCUUGUUAUUGCUUGCA